AUGAAUGGGACGAAAAUGAAUCAAAUUCUGGACAUCGGUGGGGGUAAGAUAGAAUCCUAUAACAAAGCACUCCUGGAGAAAAAGCUCCUCUGGAGUCAAGAACCUUUCACUACCCUCGAAGGUCAUGUCCAAAGAGUCCUACCCACUCCAAUCAUCUACGGCGACAAAGGGCUCGAGCUUUGGGCGAGCAUCACGCACUUGCCGAGCUACUACCAGACAAGAGGCGAAGCAGCCUUGCUUGUCGAGAAUUCUGGAGAACUGGCAAGAUGGAUCCAGAAGGAUAGUGUUUUGAUCGAUCUCGGCUGCGGAGAUAUCCGUAAGCUCAAACCGCUAUUGGAAGAGCUUGACCGUACGCAGAAGCCGGUCCUUUACUGCCCACUCGAUCUGUCGCGUAAAUCGAUUGAACGAGCCAUCGAACAGACCAAGCUCUCUAGUCUUCCCAGCAUCAGUGUCACCGGUCUAUGGGGCACGUUUGAAGACGGAGUGGACUGGGCGAAUCGUAACUGUGGCGACCGGCCUAGGAUGUUCCUCUCCUUGGGCUCAAUGCUCGGUAAUGAUCAUUUCGAGGAUGCGGUGGCACGGCUCAAAUGGCUGUGUUCGACAGGCUUGCGCAAUGAAUAUGACACGAUCCUUCUGACUAUGGACGGAACUAAAGACGUGGAAAAGAUCUGCAAAUCGUACGACGAUGCAGAAGGCCUGUUCACGCAAUUGAUCCGUCAAGGGUUCGAAGUCUCGAACGAUGUCCUUGGUGACAACUGGUAUCGACAGGAGGAUUGGACUCUUGUGCGUAGGCUUACACAAAACCCCACGAUGCACCGAUUCGUCUUGCAAGCUAAGCACACCGUCCCCUGUCCGAUGAGGGAUGUGACACUCCGCCAGGGCGAUGAAAUCGACUGCUAUGAAGGUUUCAAAUAUGGACCCGAAGAGAUGGCAAAACAAUUUGAAGCGGCAGGAAUCAGGCUAACCUCUGCCACAUAUCAAUAUCUGUUGGGGAAUGCGGAUUUCUAUUCGUUAGAAGUGCAGAACGGUGUCACAGUCUAG